CUGCGAGGGAGCCCCGGCGUGCGGCGGGACCGCAGCCUGCCUCCUCCUCCUCCUCCUCCUCCUCCUCGGGGUGCCGGGGGAGGCCAGACACCGCGCCGAGAGCUUCUCCUCCCCCAUUGUUCCCGGUCUCUUUUCUUUUUUCUUUUUCUUUUUUUUUUUUUUGCCUUUUGUUAUUGGCACUCGCAUUGUGUUGUUUGUCUCUGAAGCCGCCUCAUGACCAGCAAAGGGAUUUCACCUCGUCCUUGAGAGAGAGAGAGAGAGAGAGACACAGAGCGAGGGAAGGGGGGGAAGGAGCGCGGGGGGAAGGAGGGCAGCGCGCGGCCGAGCGCCCGUCCCCCGGUCCCAGCCGCGCCCGGAGGACACUCUGCGGACCGCGGAGGACAAGUAGAGGCUGAAUUGCGUCUGUCCCAGAAGAGCCAUGUAUUAAGUCUCUGCAAUCAGUGACAAUUCUGACUUGGGAAAUGGGCACAAGCUGGUUUUUCCAAGUGAUCAGCACAGUUUAAAAGAUUUUCAAAAGCAAUUGCAACAGCUUGAGAGCAUCCACACAGGAAGUUACAGCUCAUCUGGUGCAUGGCAAACCAUGAAGCUGUGCCUUCCUCUUGCUGAUGACCGGGUUCCUGUUUGAUCCUGUUUAUAAGCUUCCGAAGGCUGAAAAUAACCUCAACUCCUCUGCAUCAGUGUUGCAAGAAGAAGAAAAUAAAAAGAAGAGGAGCUGAGAAUUUAAACUGGGAGACUCAGAAGCUAGUUCAGAGGCAGAAGUUGUGUGAGCAGCCCCCUGGAAAGAGGAACAAGGGCAGUUUGUGACAGAAUUCAGUGGAGAUGAUCCCAAGCUGAAAGCCAGAACAGGAUCUUCAUUUAAGUUCAUCAAGUGAUCUGGAAUUUUAUUCCAGCAUCUAACACAGGAUGUCUUCCAAGCGACCAGCCUCUCCGUAUGGGGAAGCAGAUGGAGAGGUAGCCAUGGUGACAAGCAGACAGAAAGUGGGAGAAGAGGAGAGUGACGGGCUCCCAGCCUUUCACCUUCCCUUGCAUGUGAGUUUUCCCAACAAGCCUCACUCUGAGGAAUUUCAGCCAGUUUCUCUGCUGACGCAAGAGAACUGUGGCCAUAGGACUCCCACUUCUCAGCACAACACAAUGGAAGUUGAUGGCAAUAAAGUGAUGUCUUCAUUUGCCCCGCACAACUCAUCUACCUCACCCUUGAAGGCAGAAGAAGGUGGGCGUCAGAGUGGAGAAUCAUUGUCCAGCACAGCUCUGGGAACCCCUGAAAGGCGCAAAGGGAGCCUAGCGGAUGUUGUAGACACCCUUAAGCAAAGAAAAAUGGAAGAGCUCAUCAAAAAUGAACCAGAAGAAACUCCCAGUAUUGAAAAGCUACUAUCAAAGGACUGGAAAGACAAGCUUCUUGCCAUGGGAUCAGGGAACUUUGGAGAAAUAAAAGGGACUCCAGAAAGCCUUGCUGAGAAAGAAAGGCAGCUCAUGGGUAUGAUCAAUCAGCUGACCAGUUUGCGAGAACAGCUGCUAGCAGCUCACGAUGAACAGAAGAAACUGGCUGCCUCACAGAUCGAGAAGCAACGCCAGCAAAUGGAGCUGGCUAAGCAGCAACAAGAACAGAUUGCAAGACAACAGCAGCAGCUCCUGCAGCAGCAACACAAAAUUAACCUUCUUCAGCAACAGAUCCAGCAGGUCCAGGGUCAGCUGCCUCCAUUAAUGAUUCCUGUAUUCCCUCCAGACCAACGAACCCUAGCAGCAGCUGCUCAGCAAGGAUUCCUUCUUCCUCCUGGUUUCAGCUACAAAGCGGGAUGCAGUGACCCCUACCCUGUUCAGCUGAUCCCGACUACCAUGGCAGCUGCUGCCGCAGCAACACCAGGCCUAGGCCCGCUCCAACUGCAGCAGUUGUAUGCUGCCCAACUUGCUGCAAUGCAAGUAUCUCCAGGAGGCAAGAUACCUGGCAUAUCCCAGGGUAACCUUGGUGCUGCCGUAUCGCCUACCAGCAUCCACACAGACAAGAGCACAAACAGCCCUCCUCCCAAAAGCAAGGACGAAGUGGCCCAGCCUCUGAACCUUUCAGCCAAACCCAAGACAUCUGAUGGCAAGUCUCCCACGUCACCCACCUCUCCUCAUAUGCCAACUCUGAGAAUAAAUAGCGGGGCCAGUUCACUAAAAUCCUCUGUUCCAGCAACAUUAGCUAGUCCUUCGACCAGAGCUAACACAAUAGAUAUCCUUUCUUCUAUCACGUCGUCAGGUUAUUUAAAUGACCAUGAUGCUGUUACCAAGGCAAUCCAGGAGGCUCGGCAGAUGAAGGAGCAACUUCGGAGGGAACAACAGGUGCUGGACGGGAAGGUGGCUGUUGUGAAUAGUCUGGGUCUUAAUAACUGCAGGACAGAAAAGGACAAAACGACACUGGAGACCCUGACUCAGCAACUGGCAGUAAAACAGGGUGAAGACGGGAAGUUUAGCCAUGCAAUGAUGGAUUUCAACAUGAGUGGGGAUUCUGAUGGAAGUGCAGGAGUUUCAGAAUCAAGAAUUUAUCGGGAAUCCAGAGGGCGUGGCAGUAAUGAGCCCCAUAUCAAGCGCCCAAUGAAUGCAUUCAUGGUGUGGGCUAAAGAUGAACGGAGGAAGAUCCUUCAAGCUUUCCCUGACAUGCACAACUCCAACAUUAGCAAGAUACUAGGAUCUCGCUGGAAAGCUAUGACAAAUCUAGAGAAGCAGCCAUACUAUGAGGAACAGGCCCGACUCAGCAAACAGCACCUGGAGAAGUACCCAGACUACAAAUACAAGCCAAGGCCGAAGCGCACCUGCCUUGUAGAUGGCAAAAAAUUACGCAUUGGCGAGUACAAGGCUAUCAUGCGCAACAGACGUCAGGAGAUGCGGCAGUAUUUUAAUGUUGGGCAACAAGCACAGAUUCCCAUUGCCACCGCAGGUGUCGUUUACCCAGGAGCCAUCGCCAUGGCAGGAAUGCCUUCCCCACACCUGCCCUCAGAGCACUCAAGUGUGUCCAGCAGCCCCGAGCCCGGGAUGCCUGUCAUCCAGAGCACUUACGGCAUCAAAGGUGAGGAGCCCCAUAUCAAGGAAGAGAUGCAGACCGAUGACGUCAAUGGAGAAAUCUACGAUGAGUAUGAUGAGGAAGAGGAUGACCCCGAUGUGGACUAUGGCAGUGACAGUGAAAAUCACAUUGCGGGGCAAGCCAACUGAUCAGGGUCCAAAUACCAUGUGACCCGCAGGACUUCAAGGAGAAAAGAAAAAAUAAAUAAAGCCCCAUCUGGUUUAUCCUUACCAGUGGCCAAGCACAUUAACUUUCUCAUACACUGACUGUUACUUUAACUGUUAGUCUUAACUAGUUGGGACAUCAGCUGACUAAUAGACAUCAGCCUGCAUCAGAAGAAAAAAGGCUCAGAAGAAAGGAAACAAAGACAACGACAACAACAACAGAAUAAUAUAAGCUAUGGGUAAAAUAAUGCCAGUAAUUCAGCUGCUAUACCCGAGCACUGAAGUCUUACCCGUCGACCUUUUAUUAUUAUUAUUUUUUUUUUCAAAUAAACUUUAUGGCUGUUUGUUCUACAA